AUGGCCUCCCCGAGCACCUCCCCGGAAGACUUCGCGAAAGCAGCAUACGACUACGUCGUCGUCGGUGGUGGCACCGCCGGGCUUGUCGUAGCUGCCAGGUUGACAGAGAACCCGGACAUCACCGUCGCCGUCGUCGAAGCCGGCGGUUGGGACCCAAACGUCCCCGGCGUGAACAUUCCAGGCCUUGUGGGCAGCACUCUGUUCAACCCUAACCAUGAUUACGCUUUCUUCACCGUCCCUCAGCAAAACUCCAACAACCGCGCCGUGUAUCAGCCUCGCGGGAAGGGUCUCGGUGGAUCGUCUACGCUGAACUUCUUGGGGAUGAACCGCCCUUGGUUCGUGGUAGCAUGCACCAUACUCAUGUCUCCUUCAGCUAUCGAAGCUCUCGGGAAUCCAGGAUGGAACUGGGAAAGCAUUGUCACGUACAUGAAGAAGUCGGAGAAGACUUAUUCUCUCGACCCCGGCGUCGCGAAAGAGUUCACGAUCGAUCUGCCAGACGAGAAGUGGCACGGAACAUCGGGACCGCUCUCGAAGUCUUACCCCACUCACUUCAACGCGCUUCACACUGCCAUCACGACAACUUUCGACAAAGUUGGCAUUCCACUCAACUCUGAGCCGAACAGCGGAGACCUGCUGGGGUCCUCCAUGCAAUUCACGUCUGUGGACCCUACCACUGCUACACGGAGCCAUUCAGCUAGUGCUUACUACCUCCCAAACGCCGAGAGGAAGAACCUUCACGUUCUGAUCAACUCGCCUGUCUCCAAGAUCACGUUUGUGCCCGAUUCGAGCCCGCUCGUGGCCAAUGGAGUCGAAGUGGUCAACGACGGUCGCAAGUUCCAUCUCGCGGCGCGCAAGGAGGUAAUCGUCUGCGCAGGAGCGUUCCAGAGCCCGCAGGUGUUGGAGCUCUCAGGGAUUGGGAACAAGACCAUUCUGGAGAAGCACGGCAUUCAAACGCUCCUGGAUCUUCCUAGCGUCGGCGAGAACCUGCAGGAUCACAUCUUCAGCUGCAUUAUCAACGAAAUUGACCCAGCAUUGACACCAUCGAUCUCGCCCUGGCUCAAGACCCGGAGGAGAUCAAGAAAGUUCAGGGUCUAUAACAGCCUCCCCCGGAUGAGGAAGCAGCUCGAGAUCCAGCGCAAGUGGUUCCACGACCCCAAGUCCGGCGAGGCCGAGUUCAUCCCCUUCCCCGGCUUCUUCCUGCCCACGGGUCUCAAGAUGACCCCAGGCAUGCGCUACUCGUCCAUGACCGGCGUCAUCCUGCACCCCACCUCGCGCGGACUACUUUGGAAACCCGCAAGACCUGGAGUUCUACUCGCGAUCGUCAAGUUCGGGCUGAAGCUGUACGCCACCGCGCCGUGGGCGGACGUCGUGCGCGCGCCCGUCGCGCCAAGCGCGGAGCAGCGCGCGUCCGACGAAGGGCUGGUGCAGUACAUCAAGGACACCUGCUGCCCGGUGUACCACCCCGUCGGCUCCGUGUCCAUGCUCCCGCGUGAGGACGGCGGCGUGGUCGAUCCACGCCUGCGGGUGUACGGGACCGCGAACGUGCGCGUGAUCGACGCCUCGAUCCUGCCGAUUUCGCUACUCGCAAUGCAGGAGAUCAGCGCUCACUCGCAAGCUACGGUGUACGCCGUCGCCGAGAAGGGUGCGGAUCUCGUCAAGGAGGACAUGUGA